AUGGCGCCGAGAAAGGCGGUCGCGAGGGGCAGUACCGAACGGUCCAGUGGUGCUGCUGCCAGUUCUGCUAAUGUAGCAGAACAACUGGGUUCUGCUAUGUCAACUCCCACUGAAGGCUCACGAGCCAAGACUCCCCGGAGAGCUGCCGCGAGAGGCAAAUGGAGUGAGGAGCAGCUCUUUACUAGCGACAAGUCUCUCCUCAUUGAUUUUGACCUUGUGAAACUGCUUGCGCAACCCGAAGCAUGGAACUGCCUUGAAGAAAGCGAGAAGCGGGAGAUCCUUGCUUUACUCCCCGCAAGUGUUCACCCCGAUGCGGAGACCACCUCGGAUGAUCCAAACGCCAAGCUACCUCCCAUCCCCGACAACUUCAUUCGCUACUCGAAUAACUGGCGUGAUGGUAUUCGUCAAUUUCAACUUGAUCUACAAAACGGCCGCUACGACCCUGAAUGGCUGCGCCAGGCUGAGGAUGCCCGACAGAAGCGUCAGUCUGGUGACUUCGACAUCUUCAAAGAGCGUGAAUUCGAGCAAUUUUGGGGCCAAAAGCAAAAGGCAGCUAUGCGUGCAUUUGCUGGAGAGACGGCACAGGUGAAAAUGAAGACUCUUAUUGACGAGGGUGCUUUCCAGCUGGGUGAUAUCUGGAGAUUCGAAUAUGUUUACGGAAAGGGCGCGGACAGAAUAUUUAUCCAAAAAGAGACCCGGAUUCAUAAAUUUGAUGGAGCAAAAAUGACCUUUGCGAUCCCACCUGGUGAACGGGUAUUUCUCCGCAGCGCUUCUGACAAAGCUCAGAAAUGCGCCACGCCUGGAAAGGAAGAGGAAACUACAAAACCCGACACCGAAACACAGCUACAGACAGCUACAACAGCCUCCAACGAAGAGACCAAAGACGUCCAGGCACCACAGGAGGCUAAUGUUGCUUCCAACAAUGAUGAUGCGAAGGUCGACACCGAGACACCCACAGUCCCUGCCGCUUUCAACGGUACAGCCAUGGAAGUUGACACAGAAGCUCCCUUGAACGCAGCCCCACCAACCUUGAAAAACGAAGAGACGCAAGUCAAUACCGAGACAGAGUCGCAGACUGUCGCAGCAGCUUUCAAUGAGGAGGGUUCUGGAAUGACUCCAGACUUCAGCGUUAUUAUUGUCACCCCCGAUGGCAAGAAGAAUUCGAAUAGACUCAAGCGCCUAACCCCAACUCCUCAGCCCGAAUCUCAACCCCAAGCGAAACGCAAGCGAGGAAGACCUCACAAAAACCCCACUAAAGUACCUGAGCCUGAGCCUGAGCCUGAGCCUGAGCUCGCGCCGGAGGUGCCCGAACGCGAAGAAGGCGGGUCGGCACCCGCUCUUCUUUCCGAUUCAAACACCAUGGCAGUCGACCCUAUCACAUCCGCCCCUGACCUUUCUGCAUCUGCGGAAGAACCCAUCAAUGUCGAGACCAAAGAUGAGAUAGCCGGACAGCCUAUGGAAAAGGCCGAGACAUCCCCGGAGACUGAGCAGCACGACACCGAUACACCUGCAAGCUCUCAGCGGCAAGACUCAAAUCCUACUUCAUCUCAAACUACGGACAAUGAAUUAGAGGACAUCCUCGUCCCGAACAUCACGUCGCCUAACGGCCUCGCCGUGAAGAUCCUGCAGAUCGAUGGCCGCAUGCCCAAUGGCCGUGUUGCGAAUGGCUGGAAGGACAUCCGGUGCAUCCGAAACAACCAGGAUAUAGGAAGUCUCUUCGAUGUGCGAGAGGCUUGGUUCGUUCGGAAUGAACAGAAGUAG